AUGUUUGUCCUCAAGUCGCUACUCGGCAAGAUGUGGGGUAAUCCCGCCAAUCCAGAGCUCAUACAAAUUCCCGCCGGUCAACUCUACCUUGUUCGCCCCGAUAGCAUCAAGGGAUCAAGGGAGUGCAUCUUCCAAGAUGCUGUUGCCACAAUCAGACGGACCGGCGUAGAUUUUCAGUAUCAAUUAGUGAUCACUCGCGCGUACGAAGAGGGGGAGGAACAGCUGCUGGAUGACGAUGCGGAGACCGAUGACGAGCGUGUAUUCCUAGUCGACGAAGCACUCCAAUUUCGAUUUGGAGCAUUAGACGGCGAUCCGAGCUGUUCUUGGAACGACCUUAGUGGUGAAGACGGUGAUCUUUGGGAAUUCGUCAGCAGCAAGUCGGUGCCGAAAGCCACAAAUUCGCUCUUCGAGUUGACCCUUCUUCAUUGCAUGUUUGAAAGGAAAUAUUCCAGAUCACACGAAGAGGCUACAGACCAACAACUUCAAGCGCUCAAGUAUUCGGGACGACCAUCAAUCAAACGGAUUUCAGCGGGUGCCGAUACAGUCGAGCCCUCAGGAGUCGCCGAAACUGCCGGCAUUGAAGAUCAGCUGUCAGCUUUAGCAGUGCAGGAUGACCCUUUUCAAGGUGUUCCUAUCCUUCAUCGUGCCCAAGCUGAACUGUACUUGUUCGAUACCGAGGCGGAUGUUUUCGUCAUCCAAGAGGCCCACGUGAGCGCGGAUAUGGCCGAGAACAACGAAUACGAUACAUGGCUUAUUGUCAAACACGGCACUACACCAUACAUAUCCGCUCCAAUUGAUGUCGAAUUGAACGCUCGUUUUGACAUGAAUAACCGUGCGUUCAUGUUCACGUUUGGGGAGUCAAACGGCCUUCCCGCCAUGACCUGGUGUCUUCGCUUCAAAGAAGACGUCUUUGAUGAGUGGAAAGACAAAUUUACCAUCUAUAUGUGGGAAGGCAAGAACAAAACCAAGUAUGCAAAAGCAAAGCCUGUCGAACAGAGGUACAUUCAAGAAGCCUAUGAGGACGUUGAGAUGGCAGAGGAGGAAGAUGGAGUAGAUGAAGAUGAGGAUGAAGAGGAUGAAGAGGAGGGUGACACAACAGAGGAUGAAGAAGAGGUGUCACAGUCAGAGGGAGAGGGGCUGUACGCCAAGGGAUCUAAGAAUCAGCAUCUCACUGUUGGCUACAAGGAUGAUAUGUCCUUUGUCACUAGAGGCGAUAUGAUCGGUGUAUUCUCCCAUGAUGGUGAUCGAUUGAAAUUUAGGACUGCUAUAGAUCGAUUGCGGACUACUGGUGGUAAAGCUUUCUCUCCUCAUAAGAUGAUGCUCCACAAUCAAGAUGCCAACAUGCUCCUUCUUGACCCCAAUAACAAGAAUGCUGUGUAUCGCAUGGAUUUGGAAUAUGGCAAGGUUGUUGAUGAGUGGAAGGUGGCAGACACCAUUGACGUAGACAACAUUGUCCCUGAUACCAAGUAUGCCCAAAUGAACCCUCAGCAAACAUUGCUUGGCCACUCGCACAACAGCAUCUUCCGCAUAGAUCCUCGAGUGUCAGGCAACAAGCUUGUAGAAAGCCAGUUCAAGCAAUAUGCAAGCAAAAACGACUUCUCUGCUGCCACUACAACAGAGUCUGGAAAGCUUGUUGUUGCAAGCAACAAGGGUGAUCUGCGGCUGUUUGAUUCAAUUGGGAAAAAUGCCAAGACUGCUUUGCCAGCUCUUGGUGACCCCAUCAUCGGAGUUGAUGUCUCAGCUGAUGGUCGCUGGCUUGUGGCAACCUGCAAGACAUAUCUGCUUCUCAUUGACACCCUCAUUGGUGAUGGACGCUAUCAGGGUUCUCUUGGGUUUGACAGAAGUUUCCCAGCAGACAGCAAGCCAAUCCCUAGGCGUCUUCAACUCAAAUCAGAACACACUGCUUACAUGGAUGAGCCUGUGUCUUUUACACCUGCCAGGCAAGCUUUCCAUACAAAUGUGUUCAAUACUGGCUUGAAUGAAGCUGAGAAGGCUAUUGUGACUUCUACUGGCAAAUAUGUCAUAACCUGGAAUUUCCGCCGCCUGAAGCAGGGCCGUGUUGAUGAUUAUCAAAUCAAGCGAUAUGACUCCCAUGUUGUUGCUGACAACUUCAAAUUUGGCGCAGACAAGAACAUCAUUGUUGCUCUUGAACAUAAUGUGCUGAUGGCUAACAAGAAAGAACUUGCCAAGGUAUCUACAACUUUCCCCUGA